CGUUUCAAGUUGCUUGCUGUCAUGAAGCCUGAAUGUGUCAUGUUUUGGUGCAUCGUUGCAUGGCUUCUCAGAGUCACCUUCGCACGCAGGCACGCGGUAGAUGCAUGGAAGUCGAGGUCGGUUUCAUUCUAUACACCGCUUGCGUGGAACGCCUUAGGAAAGACGNCCCCUGCGAGUUGCAACAAUGUCCGGGAUCCAAGACAAGACGACGCUAAACACCCUGCAGCUGGUACAAAGCAGCAUGUCGCUGCUUUAGUGGUGGACGUUUCGGUUGUUAACUUUUGGCUGGACCCACGGGUUUUGCUGGUCAAGGAUAGAUUUGCGAUUUCUUUUCUGUACAAUGCUUGGUCGGAAUCUCAGCAUUCUACUNACUCUAGGGUUAGAUGUUCAACUCGGGUUUCACGGCAAGUGGUCAAGAAGUUAGAUCUAUAG